UAUAGCCCCAAAACUAUUGAAGUACAAGCAGAUAUCCAAAACAAGUACAAGGAACCUAGCUGCAACUCGGUCUUCAUAUCACGACAACAACUGGUCAAAAUACUUGUCAACGAAGAAAUCUUAUUAGUAUAUGUUGUUAAAGAAUAUAAUGAAAAUAUUAACCCUCAUAACCCUGAAAUUAGAAAGAUACUUCAAGACUUUGCUAAAGUAUUUCCUAAGGCAUUACCAGAUCAGUUACCUCCAAAAAGAGCAGUUAACCAUGGUAUUGACCUUAUUCUGGGAUCAGUACCACUAUUUCUUCCUAUUUAUAGAAUAUCUUAUGAGGAAUUAGACGAACUAAAAUAUCA